AUAAACAGAUUAAAAAAAGGAGAAAAUAUCUUGAAGAAAAAAAAGAUCGAUGGUGCUCUAAAACUAGUGCUCAGUGUUCUGUCUAAUAAUAGCAGUUUUCUAAAUUUUAAAGUUAGACUAAGGAACAGACCCAACAAAACUGGUGAUUACAAAAUUAAUUAAAAAUGUAAAUUUCGAAGAACAGGUAUAAAACAUUUUUUUGAAUACUGUGAUGAAUCAUAUAAAAAUAUGUGGCUGAGGAUCAACGAGACGAAAGCAAUAUCUGAAUGAAAAUCCUGUUUCUGGAAGCAUGGAUCGACAGAGGAACGUCUAAGUACAUUAAUUAUUUAAAAGAGAAGCUUCUAGACUACUAUCUCUCGUAAAGUAGGAGAUCUAUAAAGAAAAUUCUAGAAACGGAAGAUGGGUAUCGAAAGCGUUCUAACGAGUGGCUUGACCUCAGCAUCGAGUGGACUUUCAUGGUUCUUUCCGGUGCUGGCAGCAGCGCUCGUUUACUUUCAAUACGAAGUGAUGGAUAAUGAAGGUCCGCCGAUCAACGUUCCUUCCGAAGUACUACUGCCAUCGUACGAUUUUAUCGUAGUAGGAGCUGGCUCUGCAGGAGCCGUGGUAGCCAGCCGCUUGUCCGAGAUAGAAAACUGGAACGUGCUCCUUCUCGAAGCUGGAGGGGACGAAACGGAGAUCUCUGAUGUUCCUCUUCUCGCCGGUUAUCUGCAAUUAAGUCAGCUAGACUGGCAAUAUAAGACCGAACCAGACAGUGGAUUUUGCUUAGCAAUGGAACACGGCCGCUGCAACUGGCCACGCGGAAAGGUCCUCGGCGGUAGCAGUGUCCUCAACUACAUGCUGUACCUGCGGGGUAACAAAAAAGACUAUGACGUAUGGGAACAGCAAGGGAAUCCAGGCUGGGGCUCCAGAGAUGCGCUCUACUACUUCAAAAAGUCCGAAGACAACCAGAAUCCUUAUUUAGCUCGCACACCGUACCACGCGACAGGUGGUUACCUAACUGUCCAAGAAGCACCUUGGCACACCCCACUGGCUGCGGUGUUCGUUCAAGCUGGCCAAGAAAUGGGCUACGAGAACCGUGACAUAAACGGCGAACAGCACACCGGCUUCAUGAUCGCCCAAGGUACGAUCAGAAGAGGAAGCCGAUGUUCCACUGCCAAGGCCUUCCUUCGGCCAGCCAGACUGCGCAAGAACCUGCACAUAGCGAUGCACGCGCACGUGACCAAGGUCCUGAUUGACCCGAAAUCAAAGAGGACUUACGGCGUUGAAUUCGCCAGGGACGAGAAGAUCUUCCGCAUCCGGGCUAAAAAGGAAGUGAUUCUAUCGGGAGGAGCAGUGAACUCUCCUCAGCUGUUGAUGCUAUCAGGAAUAGGACCCAGGGAACAUCUGCUCCAACAGGGGAUCCCAGUGAUCCAGGACCUGAGGGUCGGUCAGAACUUGCAGGACCACGUUGGUCUAGGUGGUCUGACGUUCAUGGUGAAUCAGCAGAUCUCUGUAGUGGAGAAGAGAUUGCACAAUGUGCAAGCAGUGAUGCAGUACGCCGUUUUUGGCGAUGGUCCUCUAACCGUGCUAGGAGGUGUCGAAGGUCUGGCCUUUGUUAACACCAAGUACGUGAACGCCUCCGAUGAUUUCCCGGACAUCGAACUGCAUUUCAUAUCAGGGUCGACGAACUCUGACGGAGGUAGACAAAUCAGAAAAGUUCACGGGCUUACCAAGAGGUUCUAUGAUGCUGUUUUUGGGACCAUCAACGACAGGGACGUGUGGAGCGUGAUACCUAUGUUGUUGAGGCCGAAAAGCAAGGGUGUCAUCAAGCUGCGUAGCAAGAAUCCCUUCGAUCAUCCACUUAUCUAUCCGAACUAUUUUAAAGAACCUGAAGACGUGGCCACGCUAGUGGAGGGGGUUAAAAUAAGCGUCGCUUUGAGUAGAACUGCAGCAUUCAGACGUUUUGGCAGUGAGCUAAAUUCGAAACAAUUCCCUGGUUGCCAGCAUAUACCCAUGUACAGUGAUCCUUACUGGGAAUGCAUGAUCAGACAAUACUCUGCGACUAUUUAUCAUCCAGUAGGUACGUGUAAAAUGGGUCCUUAUUGGGAUCCAGAGGCUGUGGUGGAUCCUCAACUUCGUGUCUAUGGUGUCAGUGGACUGAGAGUGAUCGACGCGUCCAUUAUGCCAAAUCUCGUCAGUGGAAAUACAAAUGCACCGGUAAUCAUGAUCGGCGAGAAGGGAUCUGAUUUGAUCAAAGAAUUCUGGUUGAAAAGACGAGGAAGGGGUUGACGGGAAAUCAGUGAAGCAGAAUUCAGUGAUCUGAUUUAAAACUGUGUUUUCUUCUGUUGUGAAAUUAAGAGUUCUGUGAACUACUGUAGAUUCUUCUUAUAUUGCCAAAGAUAAACCUGCAGGAGUGGAAAUUUUCUAUUAUUAGAAAUAGAAAUAUGAUGAGAUAUAAUUGUUAUAAUUGUGUUCAAGUUCUUGUUUGAAAAAGAGAAAAAGUGAAAUAUGAUAGUGGAAAAGCGGCAAUAUAAGGAGAGGCUACUGUAAUUAAAGUAGGAGGUUUGUAAAUAUUCAUAGUGUAUAGAAAUUGUAAAAUGAGGCUGGACAAGUGUCGACGGUGGUAUGAAGUAACCAUACAGAUUUCAUCUAAAGGCUUAGAUUACCUUCACUAGGUCACCUUCAUUAAACAUCUUUGGGAAUUUGUUUCGAAAUUCCUAAUCUCAUUCUGGGUGUACUUCCGAAAGGCCUCCCCCCUAGGGCAGCCAAACUUUCUAGUAAUUGAGUAAUAUAUUAAUUGAUAAAUUCGAAGUUUGGCUGCCCAAGGGUGGGUGAGGGGUGGCCUUUUCGAAAUACAUCUCCACGCGGGGGAGGAGUUUUAGUGGAUAGGGUGCUACCCCUCGUGGGUGGUACGAGUCCCACACUGCCCGGGCGUCCCUUAGCCGAAUAGUGCGAAAAGGGCUGCUCCGCGCGUACUUACCUAACUGUAAAAAAAGUAUAUAAAAAAAAAAGAUUAGAUUAGAUGGAGUAGCCUUCGGGAAUCAAUUUAUGACGUCAUUUGUGAUAAUUAUCUCUAGUUAAGUCUAAUUUACGGACUAACUACUAGUUACCAGUAACUCUGAAACUGUUAGAGAUCCAGCUCUGUAAUUAGCCUCAAUCAAUUCCACGUGUGCUAAAACCCCUAUAUAUAGACUCUCAUCCACCUGGGGGAGGGGGGGCUUUCGGAAGUUUCCCCCUCAUUCUCAUUAUAGAUGCUAAUUCUCAUUUUUUUAUUACACUCAUAUUUCGCCAU